UUUGUAAUAGAGCCUUCACUGUAAACGCACCGUGUAUGUUUUGUGGUGUUGUGGUAUAAGGAAAUAUACCGGUACACUGUUGCACUUGCAGCCUGAUUUUACACACGUAUCAGAAACAGUCUUGGCAGUCUAAUUUGAUUGUGGAUCUAUGCGUCUUGUUUGUUCUCUAUGGGCUCCAUGCAAAAUUGUCUCCUGAACGCCGGAAUUCACUUCAUGGAGGAGAGAAUUCUCAGCAUUCUACAUUGAUGGAAGCUGCAAACUGUCGUUUGAAUCGAGAUUCUCUUUGCUGAGAAAGUUGGUAGACGGAAAUAGUUGGUGACCGAUUAUCGCCACCAUGGGCUACCUCAACAUGUACACCAUGGGGGGCCUGGCGGCUUUUUUAGCCGUCUCCUACCAGCUGGGCUUCGUCCGACUCACCAACGUGACCUCGGUGCUGGUGUACCUAGGGGUCACCGUGGUGGGGUUCCUCAUGGGGUUCGUCAUGGUGGCGUUCUCGGGCAAGAAGCGCAAGCCGUCCGUGCUGGCCAGCCCCUCGCCCGCGGCCAACAUCCUGGUCAACAAAGUCAUGGAAGUGUUAUCGCGCAGGCAGCGUCGGCCGCGGGGAACGGUGAUCUCGCGCAACAUGGACAAAGCCGUCAAGGAAGUUUUCGACAUGAUUGUGAAGGACUUUGUGAUGAGCUGGUACACGCAGCUGGGACAGGAUACCAGUGAAUUCACAGCUGCAUUAGAGGAGGACAUGUGGGAGUUUUUAGAAAAUCUUUCGAAGAGAUUGAAAAAUAUUGACGAGGUACGCUUUUUUACUAGCGACAUCGUCUUUAAAUUCAAUGAUCAUUUUGCCGAGUUGAGGGAAACUACCGUCAAGGAUUGCGCCAACCCCAAAGCCUUCCUCCUCCACCCUUGCCUGAUCAGUGAGGAGGCGGAGAGGGAGUUCCUCCGUGAGACGGUGGAGGUCAUGCUGGUCCUGAUGCUGCCGGCGGGCAUCGCUAACUCAGACACCGCCCGGCACCUACUGCGAGAGAUCGUCACAUGCGGAGCUCUGAAACCUGCCGUGGACAUGGUCUGCGACCCGUACUUCGUCAACAGUAUGCUGGUCUCGUUUCUGGAGCAGCGCGAGAGCCUGGCCGAGACCCACAAGCGCAAGUACGCCUACGCCGCCUCCUACGAGGAGUUCAUCAAACUGAUCAACAUGUGCAGCGACGUACAAGAACUGCAGCAGAUAAGGUAUCACAUCAUCACUGAAAUAAUGCACGCCACCAUGAUCCAAGACCUGAAGAAGGCCAGAGGACCCGAGACAGACAAGUCUACCAAGAGCAGCGGCAAGGCCAACCUGCUGAGAGUCCGCAACCUCAAGAGAUACAUCAACCAGUGCAAAGUCGCCAAAGUCCAGUGCGAGCGACGCCUGGCGCUCCGAGGCGGGCCUGAGUACCAGGCCUACAGCCGGUCCACUGCCGGGCACCACUCCAGACCGCUGCAUGACCUGCGGCCGCAGCGGGUGCUGACUCUGGACGAGAUCCUGUCGGACAAGGUGGCCCGGGCCUACCUGACCAACUUCCUGAAAAAGGACGGCAAGGACGACUUGCUGAACUUUUGGUUGGCGGUGGAGCAAUUGAGGGACAGUAAGAAGCCCAAGGACCAGCACAUGUAUGCUAAUGAGAUCUACCAGACCUACCUGGCUACAACCAGCGCGGUCAAGGUGGACAAAGCCCACAUCAAAGGCAUGACAGACUUCUUGGCAGCAAACAGGGGCCCGGAGUCAUUCUUCAGCGCCCAGCAUCAGGUCUACCAGUUGCUAGACGAGACCUACUACCCGUCCUUCCUGGUCAGCGAGAGCUACGGCAAGCUGAUGGCUGCGGUGGGGGAGCCCACCGAGAAGGCAUCCACGGAGGCGCUCAGCCCGGAAGUCCUGGAAAAGAAGGGGUUCAAUACAAAGGUGAAGCCACCACAGGAGGAGCUGCAGACUUCCGAGACCAGCUUUGUUGAGCAGACGAUGUCCGUCGUGACCAAACUCCAACAAGUGGAGGAACGACUCGGCAACAAGCUCCAGGCGCUGAGUAACCUCAAGAGCGCUCACAGUGCAGACUCAAAGAUGCAGCAGAUGCUGGAGAAAGAAAUCGAGCAACUCAAACUGGAGAAGUCGACCUUGGAAACCUACAUCGAGCGGACAGACCUGUGGAGUGACCAAAUUGGCAAGUGGCGGGCCGAUAUCUGCUCAGCUCAGAUCUUGGAGGAAGGUGACACGGUCAUCCCCUAUUACGUGAUAGUGGUACAUCCCAUUGACCCGGCCAUAUCAAUACCGGGAUGGGUCGUCUCACGUCGUCUGGGGGACUUCCACGCUCUGCAGCAGAGAUUGAAAGAGUGCAGUAAGUGGGUCGGCAAGAUGGAACUACCCCAGUACAGCAGGAGACCCUUCAAGUCAGUCCAACAGCAGGACUUCUUAAACAGCUCCAAAGGAACGCUGCAGAAAUAUCUCACGUCGGUACUCCAAGAUGAAACACUGAGACACAGUGAGGUUUUGUACACCUUCCUGGUACCCACUCCCGAGUGUCUGAAAGCAACUGUCAAAGAAGAAAAGAAAGAAAAGAAGAGCAUGUUCUCCCUAGCCAGCAUCUUCAAGUCCACGGCUGUGGAGCAGGAGGAGGACAGAGGAGGGGACGAGGCGGAGGGAGAAGACGAGAGUACCCAGGACAGGUGGGACUCCACGGCCGAGCCGAUCUACGCGUUAAUCAGCGAGGUGUUUGAGCUGCGAGGGAUGUUCAAAUGGCUACGCAAGAAGCUCAUAUUCUUUGUGCAGUCCACGUUUGGGGGCACCAUCAACAAGCAGCUGAGAGAGACGGUUGAGUGGAUCGUGUCGGAGCCCAUGAUCAUCUAUUACAUACGUACCCUGCAAGAGUCCGUCUGGCCCAAGGGCAAACUGGCGCCCGCCUGGCCGGUGCCCAGCAAGGAGGAACGGGACAAGAUGAAGAAGAAGGCCAGGGAGAAGUUCCUGCAGUACGUCCCAGAUUUUCUGCAGUCCCUCCUUGGCAAAACCAACAGUCGGCUGGGUGCGAUCAAGGUGUUUGAAGCCUUCCAAGACACAAGAACGAACAAGCAUCUCUUAUACAAUCUGAUCGAGUUGGUGCUGAUCGAGGUCUGCCCGGAGCUGAAGGACCCAAAGCUGCUGGAGCACCUGGAAGAAGAGGAGAGAAAACUGCAGGAGCAGAGGAUGAAGGAGGCGGAGGCGGUUGCCAAGCAACGGGGGGAGGAAGAUGAGGAGGAAGAUCAAGAUGAGGAGACGGAGGAAGAAGGGAGGAGAUAUGGGAACGUCGGGGAGGAGAAAGGGAAUGACAUCAAGGAAAUCAUGGAAGAUGAGGUUGAAGAGGAUGGAGACGGUGCUGCCGUCGACGAUGAAGCUGACGACGAUGGGGAUGAUAACGAUGAUGAUGAUGACGUUAAUGACAGUGACAACAACGAAGAUGAAGAUGACGUAGACGAGGUCGGAGUGGAUUCUCUUGAAGAUGCCGACACGAUCAGAGGACGGACUGAUGCAGCAGUCGGCAAGGAAACAGGAACUGUGGAGGACUUGGGAGAAAGAGUGGCCGACAUGAAUGGAGAGGAUUAGCAAGAGUUGCUACUGGAAGGUCUUAUAAUGUUUGCCUACACAAAUAAGUCAACCAUGGACUCUGUGAAGAAGUAGUAGAUUAUGCUACUGUUAAGUCACUUUGUACAUAUGCAUAGCAUUGGGGUGCCACUAAUGUAGACCUUUGUAAACUCCUUACUUGUGUUCUCCUUUGUUCGCAACUGAAAAUUAUGCAUUAUGCAAAUUAUGCAUAUAAAACAUGCAUCAUGCAGCUUAUGCAUUAUUCAGAUCCUGCAUUAUUCAGAUCCUGCAUUAUGCAGAUCAUACAUUAUGCAGAUCAGAUCAUACAUUAUGCAGAUCAGAUCAUACAUAAUGCAGAUCAUGCAUUAUGCGUAUCAUGCAUUAUGCAGAUCAUGCAUUAUGCAGAUCAUGCAUUAUGCAGAUCAUGCAUUAUGCAGAUCACGCAUCAUUCAGAUCAUGCAUAUCAUGCAUUAUGCAGAUCAUGCAUUAUGCAGAUCAUGCAUUAUGCAGAUCAUGCAUUAUGCAGAUCAUGCAUUAUGUAAAUUAUAGAUCAGCUCAUAGAAUACUCUACUGAAAUUUAAUCAAAUAUGGUGGCGGGAGAUUUUUAAUGGACUUUACUAAAAGCAUGAUAUAGAAACUUAAACUUGUUCUACCCAUGUUCUUCAGCAAUUUUUUUUUUUUUU